AGUACGGCUGAACGACAAUCCCACACUAGAUUCGAUCGAGUAUGGAUGUGCCAGCGCAAGGCGGAUGUCUCUAUCGGUACAAACAGUUCAACUUUAGCAAAAUAAUAUCGAAAGUGAAGUGCACAGCGGCCAGUAGUAGUGCUGUCGGCGUUAGUUAGUUUCCCCGAAAAAAAAACAAAGGAGAAAAAGUUGUGGUAAAUGGAGAGUGACAGUGAGCCAGAAGAAAACCAAAAAACAAAAUAUACAAUCCCACUGCGUGACGCAGAACUGGUGGAGUAGAAAAUAAACGGGAAAAAGUGAAGAAUGUCACGAAACAUACCUACGGUGACUUUAUAGAGUCAGUCAUGUCAGGAAGGAAAAGUUGGAAAAAAUAGCUUUGUUAUUUGAUCUCAUAAUUGGAAACGGAGUGUACAAAAGAAGCGGAGCGAAGGUUCAACAAACGAGUCACGAUAAUAGGCAAGGAGUGCGCUUAGCGGAGACGAUUUGGUCAAUAGAAGACGUCUUGAUAAGAUAGCCAGGCGUUAUCAAUAAACACAACAGCAGCAGAAUAAGAAGAAAAAUGUGGUGUCUAAUAAAUCUACCGAACGGAACGACUUCGGCGGUCCAAUGCGAUCCGAAGAAAAAUAGCCAGGAAUGCCUAGAGAAGGUUUGCAGCGAUCUUGGAAUCAUCUGCGAAACUGACUACUUCGGGCUGAUUCCGGUGCGCGACGGAGAAAGCGCCGAGGUGGAUGAAUGUAGCGCCAAGCAGUGGAUCAAUCUGCGUAAUCCGUUGAGUCUGCACGCGAACGAUCGCAACCAUCCGAUCCUGCUAUCUCUGCGGGUCAAGUUCUGGGUACCGGCGCAUUUGAUCCUACAGGAUAGCGUACGAAGGUUGUUCUACAUGCAGGCACGUCAGGAGCUGCUCGAUGGUCACCUGAGUGCAUCCGGGUGGGCGAAUGCGGCCCACCUAGCAGCUCUUCUACUGCAAGCCGACGGUUACAACUACGAUCCGAGCAAAGUUCUCGCCAACCUGGUUGAACCAACUGAGGGCAAUCAGACCGCCGCCACCUUGGACCGUCGUCAGCUGAGACGACCAUCGAAGCGCAAGUGUUCCGAGUCGGAAGGAAAGCGGGAGCGGGAUGGGAUGGCUUCGCCCGCCAACUCAGAUGACGAAAGCACCGACAUCAAACCAAAGAACAUUUACCAGAGCUACAUCGUGAAGCCGAGGUUCGAUGAAACAGAGCCCGAAGCCAUGCCGGAAAAUCUGAUACAGAUGAUCGCGAAUGAGCACGAGAUGUUGGCCAGGAUCAAGAUGACCCCCACAUCGGCCCAAUACUGGCUGCUCGAAGAGAUCUCAUCUCUCAACGGAUAUGGGGAAGAGGUUUUCGAAGGUGUCACCAUCAACGAACCGUCGGUACGGUGCAAAAUUGGCGUUAGCCCUCACGGCCUUAUGAUCACCAAAGAGGAGCAAAAAUUCAAUGUUCCAUUCACGGCUGUGAAGGCGGCCAAAUCCAUCAAACGCUCGUUCCGGCUGACCUACAUGAACGAGGAACACGGGGAAGCCAAUGCCGAGCUGAAGCUGCCGAGCCAUCGCACCGCCGCUUGCCUCUAUCGGGCCAUCACCGAGAAGCACGUGUUCUACUCGUGUGAAACCGUGCGGCCCAUCGUUACCACCCAGUUCAUUCGUGAUCUCAAAGGUACAAUCGUGUCGAUGUUCAACGAGGAUACCGAACUCGGCAAGCGGUACGUGUUCGACAUCCAGCGGACCUGUCGCGAAGUGUACGACAACUCGCGACGCAUUCUGCACGCACGAGGUAUCGAAAUCAGCAAGGUCCAGCAGGAGUGUCCCCAGACGCAGCUUGGCAAUCUCGACCAACAUUUGGCCGAGAAUGCCGAGGAGGCCAACAAACUGGAACGACUAGUCGAGGAGAGGAUAGUGGAAGCUGUCACGUGUAUCAUCUGCGCCGACAAUAUGAUGGAUACCAUGUUCCUACCAUGUGGUCACAUCGCAGCUUGCCGAAAGUGUGCAGACCAAUGUGAUCGCUGCCCACUUUGCCGGGCGAACAUCGAAUGCGUCAAUAAGGCAUUUCUGCCACCGGUGCUGCGAACACGGAGCAGAACCGCUUCAGCGGUUGCUACGGCUUCCACCUCCGCAAUCAGCGCCUAGUGAAUCCAGCCAGCAGCUUGGCAGCAGUUGCAACCACAUUACCAUUAGCUUUAAUUACCGAACCCGAUUCCUUCUAUAUGGUUAACCUCUUCAGCAGUGUUUGUUCGAAGCAUAAUCAUCGGCAAAAGAGGGUUUGUGAUUCUGUUUUCAUUGUAAUGCCAGCAAGCAAAGCAUGCGGAAAAGCAUAAGUGAUAUUUAUUUUAAGUUACUUUAAUCAAGUGAAACAAAACGACAAACAAAUAAUAUCAGAGCGUAGUUAAUCAUCAAUGCAAACUAUUUAAUCUAAUCGAGCCUAGGGUAAGUGUCUGAGGAAGAAUGAUUCGCGCAGCUUUUAACGAGUGCUUGCGACAAUUUUUUUUAGCGAUGAAAGUAUUUUUGUUAAGUAUUUUUACAUGACCUCAAUCCCCGAGGGCUACCGAAUGGUUAAUGUAUAAACACCUAUUAUUGUAAGAUAGCAUUACCUGAAAGUGCUGAAGUAAU